CUCCGUUUGCAGCUUUGCAGCCAACUUCACCUCUCCAUCCGUCUCUCAACUCUUCUUAUAAUCACACAACCCUCGCUUCUGCGAUGGCCCUCCCUUCCACUCGCACUCGCUAACCCUCCUCAUGCCACGCCGCCGCCUCAUUCUGGUCGCCGCCCUCCUCGCCCUCGGCCUCCUCUACACCCUCACCUCCCACGGCGCAUCCUCCCCUCCUCUCCAGAUCAUCCCCAAUGACUGUCCCUCACGCCCCGAUCUCGACAACAUUCUAGUCGUCCUCAAAACCGGCGUCACCGAAUCACGCACCAAAGUCCCCAUCCACCUUUCCACCACCCUCCGCUGCAUUCCCAACCACGUCCUCUUCUCCGACUACGUCGAACAACUCUCCCCCACCCACUUCACCCACGAUGUCCUCGCCUCUCUCUCCCCGGCCCUUCUCAACCAUAACCCCGAACUCGACCUCUACCGUCGUGUGCGCGCCGAAGGCCCUGCCGCUCUCACUGCCGCCGACCUGAACCCAGACGUCAACACCCCGAUCGGCAAACCCAAUAACCCCGGCUGGAAGCUCGACAAAUGGAAGUUUCUCCCCAUGCUGGACGAGGCCCUGCGCGUCAAACCAGAUGCGAACUGGUAUAUCUUCCUCGAGGCCGAUACAUACCUCGUCUGGGAUAACUUCCUCCAGUGGCUACGGCGCUUCGAUCCUUCCAAACCCUGGUACCUCGGCAAUCAGAUGCAGAUCGUGGAUGCCAUUUUCGCCCACGGUGGUUCCGGGUUUGCGCUGUCGCGCCCGGCGCUCGUGCAGGCUGUUAAUCAGCGCAAGCGGACUAGCGAUGGGUGGGAACGUGCCGUGGCGGAACAUUGGGCUGGGGAUUGCAUGCUGGGGAUUCUGCUGGAAAAUGUUGGGGUGGAUCUGACAUGGUCGUGGCCGAUGUUGCAGAUCGCUCCGCCGGAGGAAAUGGAUUACUUCUCCAUCGGAUAUGCGAAGCGGCCGUGGUGUUAUCCGGCCGUGUCGUUUCAUCAUCUGGACGAGCAGGGUAUCCGUCAGUUGGAUGACCUGGAGAGGGAGCUGGGGCCGCUGAAGACACCGCUGCUGUAUCGCGAUGUGUUCCUCAAGCUGGUCCGACCGGAGCUGCGUGAUGUUCGCACCGAGUGGGAUAACCUGGUCGACGGAGACCCGGUGGCCGUGGGCAGCUUCGCGGCCUGUCGGGGCGUGUGCACACGCGAGGCCAAGUGCCUGCAGUACGCAUAUAACGAGACGGAGGGAGCGUGUCGCACGUCCACGGUGCUGGCGCUGGGACAUGCGCGACCGGGACUAUCGGCCGGAUGGAUGACCGAACGCAUUGAUGCGAUGGCGGAGAGUCUGGGCGAGUGUCGCGAGAUCAGCUGGAUUGAUUGAUGCGCCCCCUUUUGACAAAGAUUUCUUUUCAUUCAUAGUAUCAUACACA